CUGCACUACGGGACCCUCCUGGGCAGCAGAGCUUGUGCCCACAUGGCAGCAGCUGCCUGGGCCAGUGCCUUUCUCUAUUCACUGCUGCACACAGCCAAUACAUUUUCCCUGCCCCUGUGCCAUGGCAAUGCCCUGGGACAGUUCUUCUGUGAAAUCCCCCCGAUAUUCAAGCUCUCCUGCUCAAAUUCCUACCUCAGGGAACUGGGGCUUCUUGCUGUUAGUGUGUGUUUAGCACUUUGCUGGUUUGUGUUCAUUGUUUUCUCCUAUGUGCAGAUCUUCAGGGCUGUGCUGAGGAUCCCCUCUGAGCAAGGACGGAACAAAGCCUUUUCCACCUGCCUCCCUCACCCGGCCGUGGUCUCUCUGUUCUUCAUCACGACCUCAUUUGCCUACGUGAAGCCCCCUUCCUUCUCCUCCCCAUCCCUGGAUCUGACCCUGUCAGUUCUAUACUCGGUGGUGCCUCCACACUAUGGCGAAUUCGAACGAAACCUCGAGCUAAAGAAAAGUUGA